GGACAGAGGGAAAGGUGAGGAAGGUAACAGCGCAGAGGAGACAGACAGACUUAGGAAUCAGCUGCAUGAGGCUUAUUAUCUCCUCAUCAAUGCCAUGAAUGAUAUCAACAUGGACGUGCAACAGAUUGGUGGUGGUUUGGGCGAGCAACAGGCCUGCUCUUCCAGCAGUAGCCAGUCCAGGGACAGCCUGUCCUCCAGGCUGUCCGUCAAAAACAUGGACAGCGAUUCCUGGUCCUCGGGAGGCGACCAGAGUCCUCAGCAGGUUUCUGAUACAGACUCACUCCUGCUCUGCCUCGCCGGGAACCUGGAGUCAGAGGCCAGGCUCAGCAGUAAGAGCAUGGCCGACCUGUCGUUGGCUGUAAGGCCCACUUUACUGCGAUCUGCCAGUGAUGGAGCUAUCAGGUAUCAGGGGAGACCUUUGGGCUGCGGUCAGGCAGCUGGGAGUCCAGACGUCUGCGAUGAGAAAGAAGGUGGAGAAAGGAAACGGGGAGAAGCGGCAGGCGAGCUGUCGGAACCUCGGGUGCAUCGUAGUGCCAUCGACGGAGCGGAGGACCACAGUGAGCAGUUCAACGAGAGCAGCGGCUCCGUCAACAGCCUCACCGGUUCCUCGGACAGCAACGCGCAUCUGGGUCAGGACGGCCGGCAGGAGCUGGCCGAAGUCCGAGCGCAGGUCAACAAAGGCCACGGCGUCACCGUCAACAAGAUGCAAGAGUGGAUGCACAAGGGUCGCCUCUUGUCGUCUGAGAUGAAGCAACGGAUCGAGGGCUCGUCCUCGGCCGGCGCCGGAGGCCCGAGCCAGGAUCGUCCCUGUCCUCAGACGACCCCCGGCGGCUGUAAGCAAGCGGCCCCGACGUCCGGCCGAGGCGGUAAACCCGUCAAGGCCAAGUCGCCUACACUCAAGCCACCGCAACAGCAGCAGCCAGUCUUCAUUGAGAACGUCCAAACCGCGUGCCCUAACGGCCGGGAGGUGGGCAGGUCACACAACGAGCCCUCGUCAUGGAGGCCGCAGCUCACCACCAUCACCGUCUCCAAGAAGCGCAACUGGCUGCAGCAGAGCUCCCAGGGGAGGAACCCGAGCGCCAGGGACGGGAUGCUGGGAGCUGAGGAGGACGCCGUCCUCGGCUCCCAGCAGCCGCCUCCCCCCAGUCCCUCCCCAGACCACCUGAGGCCCGCGACGGGCGCUCCGGCACGGCCAGCCAACCCGCAGCCGCCUCAGGCGAAGGUGACCCCUCACCCUCGGAGCGUGGACCCGGCCGAGGAGAACGACGCGGACGACGAGGGGGAGAUUUGGUACAACCCCAUCCCGGAGGACGACGAGCCCAAGGUUUCCCGCCGGCCCUCCGUCUGGCUGCUGGUCCCGCCCCGCGCCGAGCUGCAGAGACGGCCCAGCAGGGCGGGGGACGCGGCCCAGAGCGGCCGGACCCCCGACGGACCUGCCGGGCUGGAGGACGGCCUCGGCCUCGGCGGCGGACCGGGAGAUGGGAUUCAGGGGAAUGCUGCACAUUCCACAGAGACGGCACAUCUGCACAGACAGAUGCUCGCGUGCAAACCUCAGGAGGAGGGAGGGCCGUCCGUGAGCAGGCCGGCAGAUGUUCUGGACUUGCCCAACGUCGUGGGCUUCUCGCCUCCCUCCAGCCCCAACCCCACCAAGAAGAGCAGCUCCAUCAACUGGUCCUUCCCCGACAAGAUCAAGUCCCCACGCACCGUCAGAAAGAUCUCCAUGAAGAUGAAGAAGCUCCCCGAGCUGAGCCGCAAGCUCAGCGUGAAGGGGACCCAGAGCAGCAGCAGCAGCAACGGCGGCGGUCAGCCCGAGCCCCGGGCCCACUCCCCUCGGACCAACGGCGCCGCACCCGAGGCCUUCCCUCAGACUUCAGGCCCCCCUCGAUUAGGAUCGUCCGGGGGCGGCCAGGCGAGAUGCAACGUCAUCUCGCGCUAUCACCUGGAUAGUAGCGUGUCGACGCUGCAGAGCUGCAGUAAGAAGAAAAGUAACGGCAGCUCAAAGUCGGCUAGUAAAGGUGGAUACCUCAGUGAUGGCGACUCGCCGGAGCUGGUGGCCAAAUCUGGGAAGCACGGCCCUGCGGAAGGGAAGGGAGGGAAGGGCAAGGAGGCGGACGGAGGAGGUGGAGGCUCCAGGCUCAACGGCACAGAGCUGGACAUCGACGCUUUCCGCCACUACAGCUUUACGGAGCAGCCGAAGUGUACCCAGUACAUCUCCGGACUGAUGAGUCUGCACUUUUACGGCGCCGAGGACCUCAAACCGCCGCGCGUCGACUCCCGAGACGUCUACUGCGCCAUCCAGGUGGACUCGGUCAACAAGGCGCGGACCGCUCUCCUCACCUGUCGCACGGCGUUCCUGGGCAUGGACCACACCUUCAACAUCGAGCUGGAGAACGCCCAGCACCUCAAGCUAGUGGUGUUCAGCUGGGAGCCCACGCCCAAGCGCAACCGGGUCUGCUGCCACGGCACGGUGGCGCUGCCCGGCCUCUUCCGCGUCACGCGCUCCCACCAGCUGGCGGUGAAGCUGGAGCCGCGCGGGCUGAUCUACGUCAAGCUGAGCCUCAUGGAGCAGUGGCAGAACUCGCUGGACGGCGGGCCGGACCGAGACAGGGAGCCGCAGGUGUUCGGCGUGGAGGCGUGGCGGGUGGUGGAGCGGGAGAGCUGUGGGCUGAUGCUGCCGCUGCUCAUAAGCAAGUGCAUCAAUGAGAUCGAGAAGCGAGGCUGCCAGGUGGUGGGUCUGUACCGUCUCUGCGGUUCUGCGGCGGUAAAGAAGGAGCUGCGCGAGGCGUUUGAGAGGGACAGCUACGCCGUGGAGCUGUGUGAAAACACGUAUCCUGACAUCAACGUCAUCACAGGGGUGCUGAAGGACUACCUGCGCGAGCUGCCCUACCCUCUGAUCAACAAGCCGCUGUACGAGGCCGUGCUGGAGUCCAUGGCCGGCCGGCCUCUGAAGAUGGGAGCGGCGGGCUGCGAGAACGACCAGGCCGACACGGAGCACACCGUCGGCCUGCUGGACAACCUGCCGGACGUGGAGCGGAUGACUUUGCGGACGCUUCUUGACCAUCUGAAGCUGGUGGCGUCGUAUCAGGAGCUGAACAAGAUGACGUGCCAGAACCUGGCGGUGUGUUUCGGCCCGGUGCUGCUGAGCCAGCGCCAGGAGGCGUCCUGCCACACCAACCGCGUCUUCAUCGACUCCGAGGAGCUGGCCAGCGCGCUGCACUUCAAAAAGCAUAUAGAGGUCCUGCACUACCUGCUGCAGCUCUGGCCAGUUGUGGACCCACAUGACCAGUCCUCCUCGCAGCCCCCCGCGGCUCCGGCCCCGUCGGACCCGGCUCCUCCUCUGAGACGGAGAAGAGAUCGCCCGCAGGUCCUGAACCUCAUGGAAGCAGAGAUGGCCGGCGUCCUGCGGCCCCGGCCGGGACGCCUGGACAGCCCCAGCAACCGCUACGCCGGGGACUGGAGCGGCUGCGGCGAGAGCUACUUCCCUUCCGAAAUGCUGUUGCCCUGCAGCAAAGAGGAGGCGGACUACGACGACGUGCCCUGCGAGGACGCAGCCGAGCACGUCCUGGAGGGGCGGGAGAACGCGGCUGAGGAAGACGGAAAGGAGACCCUCGGGUGUCCCGCGCGUGAUCCCGCCGAGCCGGAGCAACCUCAGAGAAAGGAGGAAAAAAGGGAAGAGGGGGAAAACGAAGGAGACAGCGAUGGUUCCAAUUGUAGGCAGGCGUUGGAUGAGGAGGAGGACGAGGAGGUGGAGGAGGACACGGUGUGCAACCACAUCCUCCCACCCCGGCUGCCUAAAGAGCACACCUACCAGGCGUACAUGAAAAUCCAAGACAUCAGCCCCGUGCUGAGCAACAGGGUGAACUUGAGAGACCUGCAGGAGAGCAUCGACACCCUGAUAGGAAACCUGGAGCGAGAACUCAACAAGAACAAGCUCAACGUCGGAUACUGACUCUCUCACACACACACACAUACACAUAUCCCCUCAUGCACUCGUCAAGAUGGAUGAGGUUUGGAGUCGACCUUCCUGACCAAUCAAGGUGCUCCUGAAUAAAGCCACAAUGUUUCCAUGGAGAUGCUCUGAUGUCACCAUGGCAGCGUAGCGCGUGACGUAGAACGGUGCUGUUGUAAAAAACCGAUGCGAGAAGAAAUGAAACAGGGCACUUCUGGCGCUUGUACCUUAAUCAUUGACAUUCCAUUAUGCUUUUUCCAUUUUAUUGUGUCGAUUGUCUUACUACAUGUUGUUGUUGAUGGUGUCAUUCGGUCCAGGUCGGUGUUACACGUUAUUCUUGUUGCUUCUCUUCUUAUUAGAAGAAACCAUUGACCCCUCCGGGGUUUAAAAGGUGCCUUAAUUGUGUGAAGGUGGUACGUCAAGAGGAAAAUCCACCCGGAAAUAAAACGUCACCCUCCUAUGAGCUUGAUACAAGAUAACAUUUAUUAAGUUAUUAAGAGCCACGUCUCCAAUCAUUUUAUUGUUACUUGGUACUUAUAUGACUGAGGUACUCUGGGCAAAGUGGUGAAGCAGUUUAAAAAUGUCGUGGUCAAACACAUUGGUGCUCUCAGAACCUACAGGGGAAGUUACUGGCAGGUUUGGACCUGUAGUAAGUAAAGAACAUAAAAAAAGAUCUCAAAUUCAAUUCAUUUUUUUAAAUCUAGAAAAGAAAAUGGUGUCCAGCAAAAAUAUACAUAUAAGUAUUAAUUAAUGAAUAAAAGAAUAAUAAAAAAAACCUUCUGGCAGCCGCUACCAGGGCUUGUCCAGCAGUACAGAUGUGGACACGCUAUGGACUGCAUGUAAAAACUUGAGUUUAGUAUCGAUGCGAGACCUCAUUUGGUUUCAGGAUCUAGAUCUAGAUCAGGAUCAGUUUUCUUUGGGCAGUAUUUGGACUAUUAUUGGGCUGAAGCAUUUUCACUGCCAACGAGGCCCUCUAACACUAACAUAAAAGAUUUUUUUUGACUCCGCUAACUUGAAAACAUUUUGAAUUCCAAAGCUGCUAUAUCCCCCCCCGACUGUGUCGAUUACAAGAACCCAAGAUCAUAGGAGGAAGGCGUAUUUCCCCUCUUUUGUUUAUUUCUUUAAUUGUGGAUUUCCUCUUUAAGGCAGCAGUGAGAUUUUCUAUUAAGAGAUAAAAAAAUAUUGUUCAACAAUAAUGCACUUAUUUGGCAGGCAGUGGUUUUAGAUUGUGAUCAUUGUCCAUGUAAUUAAGAUGAUUCUGGCAGUUAGGUCUGAACUAAGUGAGAAACAGCCGUAUCAGAAACCUCCCGUUGAAGAUGAACACGUUCUUUGCACGAGGUUUUGCAACGCGCACAGCUGUGUCACCGUAAACGGAGAGAAGAGGUGUCGCAUGUGGCUUUGUUUUUUUGUUUUGGGCCAAUUCACUUGUUCGUUUUCUUGUCCAGAGUCGGAUGAGAUUAUUGAUGCUGUGCUUCAAGCUCGCAUCAGAGGGUUAUCUUAGUUGGUUAGCUCAUGUUACUUAGCUCAAAGAUCAGAGUUGGUCACAAAUGUUUAAAGUAAAUGAUCCUAAUGAAAAUAUAAAUUCCUGUAUUUCCUGUUGUACCUCGUAAACGCUCUUCGUGCUUUGAUGAGGUCAUGUAUGUGAGCUGUAAUCGGACCUUUCAUAAGCUGAGGCGAGUUAAUGUGGGCGUGUGUUGGUCAUUUACAGCAAGAAAACAUAAGCUCGAGUUUGGAAACGCCAAUGAACCGCCUUUUUCUGUUUCCCCCCCCAACCUUCAUUAAAACUGUGAAACAGACAAUGUGAAGCACAUUUUUUCAUCAGCUAAAUUAGUGGAGGCCUCACCCGGUUGGUACAAAUGAGCUAGCUGCCUAGAACGACAAAGGAUGUUUUCAGCAAUCCAGGGAUUCAGAUUGAUCAGUAUUUAACCGAUGUGUAUGUACAUAUAAUUAUAUAAAUGUAUUUGGAGUAUAUUAUUUUUACAGCUUAUAUUGCAAAGGUGUAUUUAAGUACUUCUGAUGACCUCGUAGUGUUGACUUGUAGCAAUAGUCGCUUUUCUCCCUUUGAGCUACCUAUACACAUCUUAAUGUGCUGGACUAAAGGUUCAACUUUAGCUGUAAAAUAUAUGAUAAAAUUGUGCUCUUGCAGAAAAAAGUGAUAUUGUUAUUUUUGUUAUUAUGUGUAUAUAUUUGGCAUUGUUUUGUGUCUCCAAUGGACUUAUGUUGUGUUUAUGAAUUCUGGUGUUUUUUUUUUAAGAUACUGAACAUUGCAUGGUCAAAAGCUUUACUGACAUAAACAAGGCCCUACUCAUCUGCCUUUGUAUUUCGUAUUUAUGUGUAAAAUAAUAAGACUAUUUUGUAAUGUGUGCUCAUUUGUUCAACGCCCCCUUCCGAUCCUUCAAUAAACAGAUGACUGUAUUGUUCAA